GCAAGUGCGUGUCGCGUGAGUUCCACGCCAUCCUCAAACUGGGAAAGGCCUGGCCGCUUAGUCACCGAACUAGCUCCGAGUUGCAGCGCCUUUGAGGUCACCACAUGCACUAUUGUUUCGGUCAAGGCAACCUCGCGGACAACGACGCAAACGUCCCAAACCGAAGCAUCUCGAACACCAUCGACCCGACUUUCGGAAAACUCUGUGCUUCAUCUUGAUCGCAGCUGCUUUCCCCCAAUCUCCUCACCGCCGCAGCGCCCAACGAACCUUUGUCGGGCACAAGAGGUGGAUGCACAUUGUCGUGUGAUGCCUGGCUAAGCUCCCAUCCUUUCCCACGAGGCUUCACUUCUGCAUGAGAAGGUCAGAGAGCACGAGCUCGCCGCCCUCCUUCUCUCAUGCCCAUCGGCGCAUGAUUGCGCAGCUUCAGCACCAUGGCAAGAGAUGGCGCCGCGCAUGACCGCAUGCCCGAUGUCCUCCGCGCGAUUCAUGCUCAGGCAGAUCCCCACGAUGCCUCGCGCGCCACAUCCCCCGGCGGUGGCGGAGACCGUGCUGGUACAGGCGACAACGAUGCCGACAACGGCUCGGCCGAGGUAGGCCGCACGCGGCCACGGGUCUUUCCCUACGCCAGAUACCUCCCGUACGACACCGAGACUCGCGAACGGAGAGAACAGGACAUGGAUGAGAUGAUCAAGCAUCUCUACAUCGCCGUAGCCGCAGGGGACUUUACCCCCGGCGCGGUGCACUGGACAAAAGAGAUCCGAGGCUGCAUGAGCCUGAAGUUCGACCUGACGAGGAAGCAGCGCAUAUCCCUGGUCAAAUUAUACUACGAGCUCGCGCUGGCACCCGGUCUAGAAUACAGCGUGGCCGAAAGGUUCGCCAGCAUGUUUAUGAUUCUCACAAAACGAAAGCAGUACCUGCGCCCCGGGAAGGACUUGACGCUGGACUGGCGGCCGUUGUACAAGGAGUUGAAGAUCUUCGUCCUCCCAUCCGAAAGCAGCACGCAGAAUACGUACAGCAGCAAACGUAACAUCAGGACUCUGACCAAGCUGGCUACAUUUGCGCAGUUAUUCUUCGACCCAACGGAGAUUCCGGCCAUGCUCGAAGAAUUCCUACCUUUCUACAGCAUGUCAUUCUCAGAACAUGCCUUUGUCGUCAUCGGCCUGUUGAACCUCAUGCUUCCGACCUCACCACCCCCGCCCGAUCACCCAACGCUUCAGCCACAAUACUACCUUCCCACGUUUUUCCACCUCUGGUCGACGGUGAAUCGAUCUAUGAUGGUCGACAUGCGCUUCUUGGACAUCUUCUCAAGGCAGGCGAGGGAUGGUCUUGGCGCGGAGCAUCUCCCCUUUGGGCCGUGUGGCCUCUUCACUGAAGAACAAUCCUCCCUCGUCUUCACCGCCGUACUCAGGCUGCUUGAAAUUCCCGUGGGCCAGGCCACCACUCCAUACAGUGGCACUGUGGAUCUUGGUGCAGGCAACGGCAUGUUGCUCGAGCGCGAUGCGCGAAAGCAUCCAGUCAGCCACAGCAUUGCGAGGUGGAUCGUCAUGUCAAUCUCGCCGCAGUGCUUGGACGCCGCCGAAGGAAAGUCGGUCUUGCAUCAGCUGGAAGCCCUCAUCCAAGGCAUUGAAACCUUCUUCCAUCCCUCAAACUCCGGUGGGUGGACCAAGCCCUUGGCCCAACUCGUCUAUUACCUGGCCGACUUCUUCGUCAUGCGCUGGAAUCGCGAGCAGAGUGGCGAGUACGAAGUUCCCAUGGAUCGAAGACUUGACGACAAUGUCAAGCGCCGAUUCGUACUUUGCCUCCGAGAGGUGGUCUUCAUGGGAAUCUACGCAAAGAGCGGGACGGCGAUGAAUUAUGCUCUCAGCACUUUGCAAGGUUUGGCCUACCUGGAGCCCACGCUCAUCUUGCCGGGAGCAUUACAAAGGAUCUACCCGGCCAUGCAAGGCCUGGUGGAAGUGCAUCGCACCAUUUCUUCCAUUCGUGCUCUACAAAUGCUGAGCAAGACCAUAUCGAGAACGAAGGGCUUCCGAUGUCACCUCACCACGCUGCUCGGCCUGGCACUUCCCGGCAUCGAUGCCAACGACCUGGACAAGACCAUGCACAGCUUGGCUUUCAUUCAAGCGGUGUGUUACAAUAUUCCGCUCGUGGACCUCACAAAAGAAUUGAAACGUGAGAAAAGUGACCUCAGUGGAGACUUCGAGGUGGUUGACCAUGAUGCCGUAUCAACGCCAGCUGCGAGCGCCGGCACUGGACUCGCCGUAGAGUGGAUCACUGCCCAGGUCGCUCGAUUCGAGGAAGCCGGUCCAGCGCUCGAGGUUGACUACUCGUCAGAGCUGUCUGAUGACGACGAGGAUGCAAUCCUGCGUUCGUCGACUGCUGGCUUCGCCGAGUUCUUGAUCAGCUUUCUUGGCCGUGUGUUUACCCUCCUCCAGAACUUGCCGGAUGCUGCAAAGGUCAAGAGCGGUAGCCCAGAGGAGAAUGUGGUCAACACUCUGCCGGCCACCUUCAGUCCUCUUCUGGCCAGCCUAAGCCCCGAGCUUUACGACAUAGCUCUCGAACAAGUUGCUCGCUUCAUCUCGAAUCAUGUUGUACAUCAAGCACGAGACGCAAUGGCCUUCAUUUGCAAUGCACUCGUCAAGAUCUCGCCGAAGAAGGCUCUCGAGAGACUACUGCCGGAGCUUAUCGCGGGUAUCCGAACCGAAAUUGGGGACAUUGGUGCAGGAUCGACCAGGACGACAGGCAGCGAGAUCCUCCCCCGAGACCGAGCGCUUGUGUGGCAUGUUUCACUCCUGAGCAUGUGCGUCGUUCACGUGGGAGACGACGUUCUGCAAUUCAAAGAGGAUCUUUUUGAGAUUGCGAACUACAUGCAGGACACCUGCAAGGGGAUUCCACUUGUUCACGUCAGCAACUUUGUGCAUCACCUCCUGCUCAACCUGACGGUGACUUACACCAUGGAUUACAGCCUGUUCAACCCGGGAGAAUUCCAGAAUGGCCUUUCCUCGGAAUCAUGGGGUCGCAUUGUGGACCCUACAACAUUGGACAUCCGCUGGCAUACCCCUACCCAGGCAGAGCUCGAGUUCGCAACGAAGGUUUCCGAAGCGCAAGGUGGUCGAGCCUUGAAAGCUCUCAACGACCUCAUCUCCGAUACCGCCCCAAUCAAACGAGACGGUGUAGGGAAGGACUGGUCCGACGAAGUCUCGAGAAACCUCGUUCUGCUCCGCCUCAUCAUCUCUGGGCUUUCGCGGCUGUUCCGCUCCGAUGAUGGGACAGUUACUCCGUAUACUUUUGUCGAUGUUGAUGAGAGUGGCCAAGUGGAGAUGGAGAGCGAGGACUCUCAGGAGCACGAUAUGGACCUCAAUGAGCCAGAUGAUGACAAGGUCAAGCGGACUUUCCACUACCCAACUGGCUAUCCCCUGGAGAUUGGCAGCCCACACUACGAAGCCGUGCACCAGUUCCGCAAGACUGUGGGAGAGACCCUGCACCGGGUGCACCACUUCCUCAUCCAUAACCAGGAGGAUGACGUGGCUUGCUUCAAUGCUCUGUACACCGCAUAUAAGAGCUGGUUUGUGGACAUCGGCAUCGAAAGAUCGGCACACGUGUUGGACCGUCUCACUCGGCUGCUGAGUGCUGAUAUCCAUCCGUUCAAGUUCUCUGGCACGAGGAAGCAGUAUCCGCGACCACUCCUGGUCAGAAGAGCGAAUCUCUACCACUUCCAGCGAUUGCGAUUCAACGAGACUCCGAGGGCAGCAUCAGAGCUAGACAAGACCUUACUGCUGGAUCUUGCGCAUUCCAGCACAUCCAUCUACACCGAUAUUCGAAGGACGGCGCAGUCUGCUGGAGAACAAGCUGUCAAAAGCAUCAUUGGCGCCAAGUCUCUCAUCAUUCCUCCACUGCUCGAUGCGCUCGAGGAUGCGCUGCACAAGGGUGAUGAUCCGCGGAUCAAAGGUGCCAUGUUCUCUCUGCUGUUUGGCAGCCUUGCAAAGGCCAUCAGCCGGAACUGGCGAUUUGCACCACGGAUGAUUCGACUCUUUGUGGACGUCAGUGAGGCGGACCGCCCCAGCAUUCAAAAGCUCGUGGCCUCGAGUAGCUUUACAAUCCAGGGCAUGACACCCGCCUUGGACCGAAUGGUGAUCUUGGACGAAGGAACUCUCCGUGCGAUCUGGCCAGACGCUGUCGCCGAGUCCCGCACCGUUGCGCGAACCAUCGAAGACGCCAACUCUAUGGUGCCGCCCAAGAAGACCAAAAUCAAGAGACGUCGUGCCGUAAUUGAGAGGAAGAAAUCCGAACUCGCCGCCGAGCUCAUACAGAUGGUGAAGCAGUCGCAUUGGAAGAAGGCGAGCAGGACUGCCGUCAUGGCCGUCGGUCUGGACUAUCGGUUCGAGACUAUCGCCUCACCUUCAAUGCUAGAGCUCGUUGCGCUCGGUGUCAUUGAUCCUCACCCCCAGCUCCGAACACUCUACGCCACCUCUCUGAAUGCAAUCUUCAGCUUGAUUGGAACAAGAGCGCUCAACGGACAUUCGUAUGAAAACUAUCUGCUUGAUGAGCAGCAUGAUCCGGAUGAAACGGUAAUUUCAACGGAGCGAGACGAUCCGGCGUGGACACAGAGAUAUUUAGCAGCCUUUGCUAAACCUGAGGCGGAUGUAUACAUCGACGCCGAUUUCCCUGGAUGGCUCGUGUGGCAGAAGACCUUGCGUGCUUCUCAGACAGGAGAGACCAAGCUGGAGUACGACGAAACAGAACAGGCGGUACGCAAGAAGAUCGGAUCUUACAUUGACCGUCGCUGGCUUUCGACCUAUUUCGGCUACAUGAAGCAAGAACCCCGUGACCAGCAUGCCGACCGGUUCAGGAUGCAUAGCUCUAUGAUCGUCGCCUAUGUGAUGAAUCUGCUGGCUGAUGAAUUGACCGUGGCGACGUUCGCCGAUUUCAAGGAUCUCACCCAAGCCGUAUAUGGCGAUGGAAGCGACAAACAUCAGCAUCGCGCGAUGGCCGAGAUCAUGGGCGCGCUCAUUAGUAGCUCCGAAGACUUCAAGCCCAGCCUUCGCGAAGAGAUCUGGUCGUUCGCAUUCCCCAUGCUGCGCCGGAUCUUCAGCGAUGGCCUGACCCCGGAAAACAGCUCCUACUGGGCGACGUUCGUGACACUGGUCGUCGGUGGAAAGGAUCCACGGCGCGCCUGGCCGCUGGUUGACUGGCUCGCUAGCUUCAGACUCGACAUGGACACCAAUGCCGCUUUCAAAGAGAGUUCCAAGAUUACUCUGCUACAGCUGGUCAUUGCAGCGCUAGGGUGGCACUUCCAGCUGGACGGGUCGAUUGUCCAGGACUUCCUUGCACACCUCGACCAUCCGUACAAAGGCGUGCGAGAAGUCAUCGGGACCACUCUGAGCACCAUCUUCCGUACCAGGCACCACGAAUCCUACCGGGACAUUCCUGCUCUGCUCGAAGAUCAACGGGCAGCAUCCAGCGUGGGCAAGCGACCAUAUACUCCCACCGCGGAGUUCACCAGUAUCGUGCAGGAUGUGUUUCAAAGACUCGAGGCGUGGCGCAAGGAGCGGCCGCCAGGCAUCCAGACCCCCACUCCGUACACUCAGGCGAGCAAGACCGUGUUACUCUGGCUGGAUACUUCGCUGUCGGCCUAUGACUGCACCGUCCUCGUUCCCUUCUUUCCACACGGGCUCAUGGAGCAGACUUUGCACAUGAUGGACAUCAAGGAAGACCCGGAAUUGCAAAGCCUGGCGUAUCACGUCUUCCGCCAUCUGUCCAACAUUCCGCAUCGUGCUGGAGAGGAGGAGGCGUUCGUGGCAUCGCUCAUCAAGAUCGGAAAGCAGUCGCCGUCCUGGCACCAACGCCUUCGCGUCCUCAUCAAUAUGCAGGUGAUAUACUUCCGUAUGCUCUUCCUGAUGCCGCGCAAGGAAUCAAACGAUCUGUUUGUGUGCGUACGCGAGAUGCUACACGACUCCCAACUCGAAGUCCGGCUUGGAGCCCAGGCAACGUUGAGUGGGAUGGUGCGAUGCUCACCGGUCGCCUUUCGCAAUGAAAAGAUAUCGGAGCUGAAGUCCUACUUCACCAAGCUCCUGGCCGACAAUCCUCUCCCAAAGAGGAAGCCCGGGGCAAAUACUGGCACCAGCACGCCGACCCAGGAGCAGAACAAAUUGGUCUUGGCCCGUCACGCCGCGGUGAUAGGACUCGGUGCUCUGGUACAAGCUUUCCCCUACACUUCACCUCCACCAGAGUGGCUGCCCGAAGUGCUGGCGACCCUCGCCGGACGCGCAGCAAGCGAUUCAGGGAUGGUGGGCAAGAGCGUCAAGGCAAUCUUGAGCGACUUCAAGAAGACACGACAGGACACGUGGCAAAUCGACGUCAAGGCAUUCACACCCGAGCAGCUGGAAGACCUGGAGGGUGUUCUUUGGAAGAGUUAUUUUGCAUGAUUGAUCGAGCGCACAUUUCACGUUUCCGCAGACUCCGCACGAUGUUCAGGCAUAGCGAGGCGUUUCGAACAUGGGUCUCAGCGUCGGGGGAGGGGAGGAGGUAAAUCACGAAGGCCAUACCUAAAUUGUUACAGUGAACGAGCCUACGACCGAUAUGCAUAGGAGAUG